UCCAGGCUGCAGGCAGCCGAGCAUGGGGGCUGGGCCACCGACACCUCAAUUUAUCGAUGCUACUGGAUUUUUCUCGGACAGUGAGGACACACGCAUCACCGAAAAGACAGCCAGGGCAUAGCUCAGGUCAGUCGGCUCGCUGCCUGCUCACAUAAGUUUAGUUAGUUUUCAAUAGUUAAUACAAGUUUUCUUAUCCGACUUGGAGCGGCAUCACGCAGCCUUCUGCACACAGACAGGAUGUCGGAACUUUCCGUGAAUGACCACCUCGAGGGGAUUUUAUCAGAUUUUGAAGCACUGAAGAGAUCCUUUGAAAUUGAAGAUGUGGACGACAUACCAUCCUUCUCAGCUUCCCCAGUCUCUACCCCCAUUUCCCCCUCUUCCUCCCAUUUCUUCCUAAACCACAAUAAAGCCAAUGAAGAGCACGGAGGAGCUGGCCAGUCCCCUUCAUUAGCCUUCAACAACAACAACAGCCUGGGCUCUGCAGACCACCACUCCUGCAUAAGCCUGAGUUCCAAUCCCAGCCCAAUCUUCAAGUCCCGUACAGUAGUCAGCAGCCUGUCCUUCAACCGAGGAUCCAUGAACAAGCCAACUAUCCACAACAAUAGCUCCUCCAUGGCCAGAGCUGCAUCUUUCCAGAGCAGGUUAAACCCCAAUAGUUACUCAAUGUUGUCUGGGCCAGGCAGUGACAAUGAUAGCCUUCACAGCUCCACAUCCAGCCUGGAGUACUCUGGGGGUGUUGGAGGUGCCCUCCCUCUUAUCAAGCUUGGGUCAUAUCCCAGUCCUCCACCUCAGGGGGAGUACCACAGAACCCAGCCCCAACUCCCACAACAGCACCUAGAGGAAGGUGCCAACUUGGGAAGUAACCAAAACCUGAAGAAGUUCUCCUCCCAUGGGAGUGUUUUCCACUCUGAGAUGGACCAGGGGCCAGGGAUGGUGCUGGGUGUUCCACAGCCAUGGGGGUCAAACCAUGGCUCCAUGCCCAGCCUAGACCUCCAAAUUCGUGAUGGAGGUGGAGGAAUAGUGGGUAUGCAAAGAGGUGGAGGUGGAGGCAGGAUGUCUCCAGGGUUGAUGUAUGCCAAUGCUAAUGCAAACUGGAAUGGUCAUCUUCAUAAUGCCACCUCUAUUGGGGAGGAGGGCUACUGUGGCUCCAAAAAAAACUGCCAGCCGCAAGGGCCCCAGGUCCUCAAGGCUCCCCAGCCUAAAGUCAAGGAGAUACCACGUCUCAACAAGUUUCCCCUGGAUCUGGACAGCUUGGUAAGCAGCACCUCAACAACAUCUCUUGCCAAGGCUCAAGGAGGACCCAUGAGCCCCAACCCCCCCAAGCCUCCUCCAAGGAGCACAGGACGCCUCCGCACCAACCCACCAUCCACCUCAGCCAGCCCUUCAGCCUCUCUCAGCAGCCUGGACAGUUCUUCUGAAACCCCGCCCCUCUCCCUCCACCAUCCCUUCCUGCCUCUCUCCCCACGUUCUCCAACUCAUUUGCAGGGCUCCCUUACUGUCCCUGAGAUGAGUUCCUCUCCAGCGCCCAUUUUUCCAGCCCUGAGCCCUCAGCCGGAGAUUCCCUCAGGGCCCCAAAUUGUCCAGAUGGUCCCCAACCUGCCCAGCCAUUACAGCUCAUCAAGCCCCUCCAUCCCCGGAGCAAUUCAGUCUUUGGAAGAUGGCGCAGGUGAUACCAGAGAUAGUGUAGGCUCAAUCUUACAGAGGAUCGCCUCCUUCUCUCAGUCUGUUGUCACUCACCCCACACAAGCAGCUGUGACCCAGCCCCCUAUAGUCCAAAGUAAUGGAUGGUUAUCAUCUGCAUUUGGGUGUCCUGCUGAGACCAUGCCCAUGCCCUCAAGGAAACAGGGGGAAAAGAAACAAGAAGAGACUGCUGGACAACUAGAGAUGGACCCAGUCACCAUAAUGGAGGAGAGAAAGGAGAAGGAGAAAGGCAUCAUGGGACAAAAGGAAGAAGAUGAGGGCAAGAGUGAAGGACAACCAGCCAGCAUGAAAACCCAGAAUUCCAUGAAGGAAAAAGAGGAGAACUGUGUGGAGGUUUGUACAGAGAUGGAGGAGAAAGGAAAUGAGGAAGGAGAGAUGAAGAAAGAGAUGGAGCUGGAGGCGGAGGUGGAGCUUUGCCAGUCUGUGUCAGGCCAGCAGAUUAGCUUCAUCAGGGGCACUGACCUGUUUGGCUACGUGGGCAUAGAGGCAGUAUUGGACCAGAUGAGGCGCAAGACCAUGAAGGCCGGCUUUGAGUUCAACAUCAUGGUGGUUGGUCAGAGUGGUUUGGGGAAGUCCACACUGGUCAACACACUGUUCAAGUCCAAAGUCAGCCGGAAGUCCUGCACACCCAACUACGAAGAGGAGAUUUCCAAAACAGUCAAACUGCAUUCAGUCAGCCACGUGAUUGAAGAGAAGGGGGUGAAUAUGAAGCUGACAGUGAUUGACACUCCAGGAUUUGGAGAUCAGAUCAACAACGAAAACUGCUGGGAACCCAUAGUGAAGUACGUCAAUGAACAGUAUGAGAAAUACCUGAGAGAGGAGCUGCAUGUGAACCGUAAGAGGAGAAUACCCGACAGCAGAGUCCACUGCUGCAUCUACUUCCUCCCUGCCACUGGACACAGGUUACGUCCCAUCGAUGUUGAGUUCCUGAAGAGGUUGGGGAAGAUAGUGAGCAUCAUACCUGUCAUAGCCAAAGCCGACGCACUCACCAUUGAGGAAAGACAGGAAUUCAAAGAGAGGAUAAGGCAAGAUUUGGCAGCCAAUGGGAUUCAUGUUUACCCCCAGAAAGAGUACGAUGAGGAUCAAGAGGAGCACAUACUCAACAACAGGAUUAGGGAAAGCAUUCCCUUUGCUGUGGUGGGAACCGACAAGGAGCACCAGGUGAAUGGAAACAAGGUGCUGGGCCGUAAAACAAAGUGGGGAAUCAUUGAAGUUGAAAAUGUGGCACACUGUGAGUUUGCCAACCUGAGAGAUCUACUCAUCAGGUCUCACUUGCAGGACCUGAAAGACGUGACACACAACAUCCACUAUGAGACCUACCGCAUACGACGGCUCAACGAGAGCAAUAUGAACUUCAGUGAACUGGGACUGUCCCUCUGGCCGCUGGAGAACGGAACUGAUGACAAAUUUGAUUCAGAGAGCCACCUCUAAUCUCUCCAUCAUCAAUGCUAAUGCCCCUCAUUCAAUCAGAAUGAGAGAUGGGGAAAAGAAAGCUAUUUUUACCACAUAAAAAGUGAGAUGGAGAAAAAAAAUUUUUUUAUUGUUUUUUCCUUUUUUCAUUAUGUGACCAACUAGCAGAUUUUUUUAAGUGAGAAAUUGUAUUUGAGUUUUACGCAAGACAUAAGAAAUGCAUAAAAUAUGAAUAUAUUUUUGAAUGUGAGCUCAUAUAUAUUUUCUGGAAGGUUGUGACAUAUACAGGACAAGGGAGAUCAUGCAGCACAACAUGGCACAAUUAGAGGAAACAUAAAAAUACAGUAAGUCUCCAAGUGGUAUCAAAAGUAUGUGGAAAGCCUAGACCUGAUUUUCCUAACAUUAGUGUUGGACCUCACUAAGGCUCUAGUGGCUGAGUGGGAGCAAAUCCCUAUAGGCAGCUUCCAAUAUCUGGUGGAAGGCCUUAAAGCAGAAGAGUGGAGGCUGUUAUAGCAGCAGAUUAAUGCUCAUGUUCAACUAUCACAUGGGUGGAGUAUUU